AUGACCAACAUCGGGGACGCUCUUGAGCAUGCUGGCGGUCACGGAAAGGCUGACCAAGGGGAGUCGAUUUCCACAUUUGCGGCGUCACUGGUGACUGCCAUUAUUGUUUUCGCCGUUGAAUUCCUCCUCUUCAUGUUUCUGAAAAGCAAGUUGACUCGUAUUUAUCAACCACGCACAUACCUUGUCCCAGACCGAGAACGAACACAACCAUCCCCUCCUGGCCUGUUCCGUUGGAUCGGUCCAGUUUUUCGAACAUCAAGUACCGAAUUCAUCCAGAAGUGCGGACUCGACGCUUACUUUUUCCUGCGCUAUCUACGAAUGCUCCUGAAGAUUUUCGUUCCCCUCGGCCUCCUUAUUCUACCGGUCCUUCUUUCAGUCAAUCGCGCGGGUGGAAAAGACCAAAAUUUCCAAAAUGGCACCGGGCCUGGCCCACAAUGGAAUGUCACUGGGUUAGAUCAGCUGGCGUGGGGGAAUGUCAAGCCCGAAAACACUAAUCGAUACUGGGCUCAUUUAGCUAUGGCAGUGAUCGCUGUCGUAUACGUCUGUGCUGUCUUUUUCGAUGAAUUGCGAGGAUACAUUCGCUUGCGUCAAACAUAUCUUACCUCCCCACAACAUCGUUUACGCGCCUCGGCAACUACGGUGUUGGUCACGGCGAUUCCACCGGAGUGGCUCAGCGUCGACAGGCUGGACAAUCUUUUCAACGUCUUCCCGGGCGGCAUCCGAAAUAUCUGGCUCAACCGCAAUUAUGAUGAACUAAACGAAAAGGUCAAAGCACGAAACAAGUUAGCCUUGAAACUAGAAUCCGCGGAGACCGAUCUGAUCAUAAAAUGCAAGAAGGCUCAGCUCAAGAAGCUCAAAGCCGAAGGCAAGAAAAACAAGCAAGCCAACAAGUUGAGUCUUGAAGAUAAAGAGAAAAUGGCGACGGAUCGGCGCGCGGCUCAAAUGGCUAUGGAGCCUGGUGUCAGCUCAGGAGACCCCCAUGAGGCACAUACCGUACAGGAGACUCUACACCCAGAACAAGGAGUUGAUACGCGGGCACGACGCACUUCGGAUGCAUCACACAAUAAAGUCUUUGACCCUGCCCUAGCAGCAGCGGGAGCAGUUGGCUUAGGCGUCGAGAAGCUUGGCAGGUCCGUUCUUGGUACUUUGAAAAAAGCCGAUGGUGGCUUUGACAGCAAGAUGCGUAAUACACGGGGAUUUGAUGCAAGUGCCGGGAAUGGCUUCCCUCCCUUGAGCACCAAAAGUUCUCCAACCGAUGCGCCCGUUGCCGCAUCUCCUGCGUCGCCAUCUAUGUCGCGAACAACCGAAACUACUCCAGUUGAGGGCACAUUGUGUCGUGAAUCGGACGCAGAGCCCCAACCUAAGAGGCCCUUUUGGAAAUCUCGAAAGUCAUCAGGCGCCAAAAAUGCACCUGAGGCCGAUGAGCACCCACUUACUGCUCCUGAGACCCCGGCCGUUGAUGAUGCUGCGCGCCGCGGGUCAGCCAAGUCCGAGUCAGAGAAGGAGAACGGCAAGAGUGAAAAUCGGGCCAAAGAAGACAGCGACCAUUAUCCAAUCGCCUAUAACCAAGACUUCAGCGACGAAAACUACGGGGAGCCCGUAUGGCAAAGGUUUAUCAAGCGCAAAGACCGCGAUACAAUGCGUCUUCCCAUCUUCAAGUGGAGUUGGUGGCCGUCAAUAUGGCUCAUUGGAAAGAAAGUCGAUACAAUUGAUUACUGUCGCCAGGAAUUGGCUCGAUUGAACAUGGAAAUCGAAAUAGACCAGCAACAUUCCGAGCGAUUCCCGUUGAUGAAUUCGGCUUUCAUCCAAUUCAACCACCAGGUAGCUGCACAUAUGGCCUGUCAGUCUGUCAGUCACCAUCUGCCGAAGCAAAUGGCACCUCGGGUAGUGGAAAUCUCGCCUGACGAUGUUAUUUGGGACAAUAUGUCCAUCAAGUGGUGGGAGCGCUAUGUUCGCACAGCAGGUAUAUUCAUAGUCGUCGCUGCUAUGGUUGUUGCGUGGGCUUUCCCAGUCGCCUUUACCGGUCUUCUGUCCCAGAUUUCUUAUUUGGAGGGAGCCUUCAGUUGGCUUAGGUGGCUCGAAAAGUUGCCUUCCUGGUUCAUCGCUGCUGUUCAAGGUAUUUUGCCCGCACUUUUCCUGGCUAUUCUAAUGGCCGUUCUCCCCUUGUCUCUUCGCUUCUUGAGCAAGACACAAGGCGUGCAUACGGGCAUGGCUAUCGAGUUAGCCGUCCAAAACUAUUACUUCGCUUUCUUAUUUGUACAACUAUUCCUGGUCGUCACCGUCGCCUCCAGUUUCUCUACUAUCAUUGACCAUGUCACGGACAUCACAAGCUGGCCUCAACUUCUGGCCACCAACAUCCCCAAGUCCAGCAACUAUUUCUUCUCCUACAUGAUUCUGCAAGCAAUGUCUGUCAGUGCGGGCGCUUUGACACAGAUUUUCAGCCUAAUCAGCUGGUUCAUUCUUGCACCAAUCUUCGACAACACAGCAAGGAAGAAGUGGGCACGCGCCACUAAUUUGAACCAGGUGCAAUGGGGUACGUUCUUCCCAGUGUACACGACCCUGGCUUGUAUUGGUAUGAUCUACUGUGUGAUCGCCCCUCUCAUUCUUGUUUUCAAUGUCAUCACUUUCGGUUUAUUCUGGUUCGUCUAUCGCUACAAUACGCUUUAUGUCACCAAAUUUCGGUUUGACACUGGGGGGCUUCUUUUCCCAUGUGCCAUCAAUCAACUCUUCACGGGCCUCUAUGUGAUGGAGCUCAGUCUGAUCGGUCUUUUCUUCCUGGUUCAAGAUCAGCAUGGUGAUGUGGCAUGCAAGGGUCAGGCUAUUGUCAUGAUCGUCGUGAUGGUCUUGACAGUAGGCUAUCAGAUCUUAUUAAACAAUGCAUUUGGCCCCUUGAUUCGGUACCUCCCGAUCACCUUGGAGGACGAUGCCUGUCGCCGCGACGAAGAAUUCCGACGUGCUCAGCAUGCUCGACUUGGCCUCGCGGUCGACGAAGAGGACGAUGAGAAUGACCCUCCGGCAGAUCACGCAGAAGGACAUCCAGAUCAAGAAAUUGAGCUUAGGAUUAUGGAUUCAGAGAAACAGAAUGGCUCUUGUGAUUUCUUGCACACCCCACGAAGAUCAAACCCCAGCUAUCUUGGCCCUAAUAUCGAGUCACUGCGUAAGAAGAUGGCCCAAGAUACAGAGAGUCAAGCUCCCCCCAGCAAAGUACACGCCCUCUUUGCAGGAAUUCAUGAUGAACUGGAGGAUCUCACGCCCGAUGAGCGUGAUCAGCUUGUGCAACGGGCCUUCCAGCAUGAAGCCCUUCGUGCCAAGCAGCCCGUCAUAUGGAUCCCCCGCGAUGAUAUCGGGGUCAGCAACGACGAAGUAUACCGUACACAGCGGUACAGCAAGCACAUCUGGGUCAGCAAUGAAUACCAAGCACUCGACGGCAAGUGCAGGACCAUUUUCAGUCGCAGUCCUCCGGAUUUCUCAGAGGUGGAUUUGAUUCAGCUGUAA